CUCGCCGUGCAGACACCUCCAGUCCUCCAGUCACACAUCCUUCGCCAUGUUUGCCCAGACUCUGUUCGUUUUGGGACUGAUCCUGUACGCGGUCGUGGCCAUUCCCAUUGAUCCCUAUGGACUUUCGGCUCCCUCCAUCUCCUAUGCUUCUCCUGCUAUCUCUUAUGCUGCUCCCAAGCUUCUGGCUGCUCCUGCUAUUUCCUACGCUGCUCCCAAGCUGCUAGCUGCGCCUGCUGUCUCCUAUGCCGCUCCUGCCAUCUCUUAUGCUGCUCCCAAGCUGCUAGCUGCGCCUGCUGUCUCGUAUGCAGCUCCUGCCAUCUCUUAUGCUGCUCCCAAGAUCCUGGCUGCUCCCGCCGUGGCUGUGCAAAAGGUGGCCGUCGCAGAGCCUUACGAUCCUAAUCCCCAGUAUAGUUUCUCGUAUGGAGUAACGGAUCACAAGACCGGCGACUCCAAGCAGCAGGAGGAGACCCUGGUCAAUGGAGUCGUCCAAGGCAGCUACUCCCUGGCCGAGCCCGAUGGCACCAUUCGCAAGGUCACCUACACCGCCGACAAGAUCAAUGGAUUCAAUGCGGUCGUCGAGAAGAAGGGCGUGGCUGCGGUGGCCAUUGCCAAGCCUGCACUUGCCGUUGCCGCCGUACCCGCCAUCACCAAGAUUGGAUAUGCCUCCGCGCCUGGUCUGAGUCUCUACCACUAA